GAGAAGGUCUACCAUCAAACAACCCCAAAAAAAGGCAGACAAGUCAAAUUAAUAAGAUAUAGCCUACCUAAGAAAAGAAACUAUCUAGGGAAAAUGAAGAUGGUACAUUUUAUGAUUGUUGUUGUACUAAUAAUGUUAUGUUCUUUCUCAUCAAUCUCAGCACAAAUGCCAAAUAAUAUUCCUCCAUGUGUAUCCAAAUUAUCAGAUUGCUCUACCAAAGCCAUGCAAUCAACUAAUUUGGCUACUGGUGAGAUGCCAUGCUGCUCUGAAUGGGCAAAAGAAAUCAAAGAUAGCACACAGUGUGUAUGCGACAACUUUAAACCUUAUUUGAGUUCAUUAACUGAUUUUUUCACUCUUUGCAAGAUAGAUGCUCCUACAUGCGAAGGUACUACUAGCACUGGUAAUGGAAAUGCUGCUAACGCGAUCAGCAACCAAAAGAAUGGAGCCAAGAAGAUGCCAUAUUCAAUUGGAUUACUACCGGCUUUGCUCUUAAUUUUGACAUAAUAGUCAGAUCUUAAUAGAAAACAUGAGCUUGUUGCAUUUAGAUUUUUGGAUAUUGGAUGAUGUAUUUUCAAUUGUGUCUUAUCAAUUUCAAGUCAGUGUUUUGGUUUUUAUAAGAGAUUAUUAUAUUAUAAGAAUCUUGC